AAGAUUUACAGUGAUAAAAAUUUUCAGGGAAUGACAUUUACAGUGAACGAUAUUUUCAGGGAAUGACAUUUACAGUGAACGAUAUUUCAGGGAAUGACAUUUACAGUGAACGAUAUUUUCAGGGAAUGACAUUUACAGUGAACGAUAUUUCCAGGGAAUGAUAUUUACAGUGAACGAUAUUUUCAGGGAAUGAUAUUUACAGUGAACGUUAUUUUCCGGAAAUGAUAUUUUCAGAGAAUGUUAUUAACAGUGAACGAUAUUUUCAGGGAAUGAUAUUUACCGUGAACCCUAUCUUCAGGGAAUGACAUUUACAGUGAACGAUAUUUUCAGUGGAUGAUAUUUACAGUGAACGAUAUUUUCAGGGAAUGAUCAAUUACAGUGAACGAUAUUCACGGCAAUAAAGGAAUUAAUGUUAAGAACGAACGCAUUGAAUGACGCGAUGGCUUGGCAAUAAUCGAAAUAUAAACUAAUUUUUAUUGCUCACAAAAGAUUCAUAAGAUAAAAAAUAAUCGUACAUCAGACGUAAUAUCGUUCUGCUUUAUUAAUAUUACAGUUGUAAACGACCUCGUCUGGGACUCGUGAGUCAGGCUUGCAAUUCACCACUGGAAGCUACCAACAAGAACGAUAUCUUCAACAACAAGUCUUAUCGUAAAAUAUCGUAAUCUGCCCAGCAUCGACAGAGACGAAACUCACCGUAACAUCAACUUCAACAACAAAUUUGAUCGUAAAAUAUCGUAAUCUGUCCAGUUUCACCUUCGACUUCCUACACCGUAGUAAGCAAUUGCACUUCGAAUUACGAAUUCCUUCAAGAAGUGGCGCUGUCGGCGUCAAUCCUGUAGAUCAUUUGUAUUUCUUUAGCUUGAUUUAAACAACGAAAAAUCUCACAAAUUCUGCAAUUAUAAUAGAGAACAUACACCUAUAAUAUUAAAUUUUAAUGAAAAUAAACCUUUACGACAUCGCCACAAGCAUCAUAUAGAGGCGAUACAGCGCUACUGCCCUGAAACUUAGUGGCAAAAUAUAGAAAUAAAAAUAUUAAGAAAAUUACAAAAGCUUUUGAGGAUAAACAAAAAAAAAAUUUCAAAAAAAUUUUUGAGUAUAAACAAGAAAUGUUGCUCCUGGAGGUCGUCGCUCUGUUGCUGACUUCGGCCCUAUAUAUAACGUCUGCGCGCCACAGCGACCAGAAGGAGCCGCCGCUGUACGCCGCCGUGCCCGACACGAGCUUCUCCUGCUCCCACCACAUGGCGGGCUACUACGCCGACAUGGAGGCGGGCUGUCAGGUCUACCAUAUGUGCGACACGCUGGGCAAGCAGUACUCUUACCUGUGCCCUAACAUGACGGUGUUCAACCAACGCUUCAUGGUAUGCGACCACUGGCACUAUGUCAACUGCUCCAACUCUAACGCAUACUACAACCUCAACGCCAGGAUGGCCGGCGGCGGAAAAAAAGUGCCGACUCCGGGUCGCCGAGGCAGCUUCGUCGACAACAUGGAGGAGAAUGACAUCGACGACGCAGAUGUGAGGAAAGUCACGCCACUUACGAUAACUGAUAAGAAAGUUGCUAUGAAGAUUAAGAACACGCUGAGAAGCCAGGAGAAGAAGAUAUCAACAACCACGCCUAAACAAACAACUCCAUCAAAAAGACUGCAAAACAUUACUGACUCUAUGUUGACUGGGGAACCUCCUACAACACGAUCAUCAUUACUUCGUCCAUUGACUACGUCUUCAGGAAAAAUACCGACGUCACUAGACGUUGAUAUUUCGUCAUCGCUACCCACAGUGAGACCAAUAAGUACUGAUCGAAGAAGAACCACGUUUGACUUGAAGAGUACUUUUUCAGCUUUAGUUACAACUCCAAGUCCAUUAAGUACAUUUUCGUUAUCUUCCAGCACCUCAACGACGGAAGACAGCAACCAAUUCACCAAGUCCACUCAAGCACAACCAGCAGUUCGUCAACCUAUACUAACAUUAAUGCCGCCGAUCAUUUCGCGGUCUAGAAUCAAGCCCUUCGCAUUCCCAAUGACGGAGAUACACAAUUUCUCCGAGCUAAAUAAGAACCGAAGCGCCAUCGUUUCACUUCCUGCAUUCCAAAUGUUCCCUGGGUUGGUGGCUAGGGGAUCUGGUCCCCGUUUUGGAUUUGGGUCGACACAUCCGUCACGUCGACCUGCAGGUCAUGGGGAAAUACCACCGGGGAUAGAAUUCCAUCCGUUGGUCUUGGAAAUUUCACGUCAGCUUUCCUUGCCAAAGGUCAAACAAAGUCCACAGGAAAUUGAUGAGACGGUUUUAGGCUCAGAGGAACAGACAGGCAGUAAUAGUGUAGUUGGGAGGAAUUUUUCGGAUACAGAAGAAGUGUUGCAGCCAUUUACUGUCGUGAUCAAUCCCCCAAAUGGGAGGAACAUUGUGUCGUUUCCUAUUCAACCGUUACUCGUAACCCAAAAUUUGUCCCCUUUGGUUGAUCCGAGAAUACAGCAGGAAGAUAUAACGGUGCUGGAAUCUAAGAAGAAUGGCAGAGAUAGAAUUAAUAACUUUAAAAUAAGAUCCCAAAGGCCAUCCAUCUCCAGUAACCAGGCCUUUUUCAUCCCAGAAACUGAUUUGAUUCCGCCUGACGAUAUUUUAAUUGAAACAACAGACCCUAACUCCGCGAAACUCGACAUUCCCGAAAGCAGCACCGAGGCACCCUUACAAGAUCACCACAACAUGACCAUGAUAUUUCCAGACGCCAAACAGGUCAACUUCACACAACUGUUCGGAGGUCUCAUCGUGAAUCCGAAUUGUCCUGAAUGUCAUCCGGCAUUCUUAACUCCCGGAAAAUGUACGCCGUGCGUCCGGAUACGAUGAAGAUUGUAACAGGUUUAGAACACGUGUACAUGAUUGUUGAGCGAUAAGAUAAGCACGUUCACUAGAUUUUUAUAUUUUCGACAGAAAAUAACAGUUUUUAUCGCGUAAUAAUGUAAUUUUUAAAACGGGCUUAAUGUCGAAAUGAUCAGCCUGACAUUCAGGCGGAUUAUUACAUUCGUAUUCUACUUUAAUGAUGAUAUGUGACCCCUUCUAGGCAGAAUGCAAAUUAUUAUGUGACCCCUUCUAGGCAGAAUGCAAAUUAUAGUCUCAGCAAAAUUAGGUUCAAGAAAGUUUUUUUUUCAAAUAUACAAGUUACAAAAUGAAGACGACAGGUGGGGGCUUCAUAUAUUGAUUGCGGCAUGGAAUAAUGCAACAGAAAAUUUUUCAGUAAAUAUUUUGAGCAAAUUUAUUUGAUGACAAUGACUGCAUUGAAUUGUUUUGUGUCCGAAUUAAUUAUAAGAAAACCGAGUCCUAACCCUGAAUUUAAUGAAGCGUUCGUAUGCGGUCACAUUUGUCAGGCGGCACCAUUAAGCGCCACCAGACUGAUUAUAUUAUAUAUUUCCAUCUGACAUCGAUUCGUUAACCAAGUGGAUAAGCUAAGCAAGACACCUCUCUGUAGAACUUAUCUUGAUACGGGGUGGUUAAAUGUGAGCGAUAUAAUUCAGUAUACGGGGUGGUUAUACGCGAGAUACAAUACAGUGUAGCCUAAGACCUCGACCGAUAGGUUGGAGUAGCUUAUUUGCCGCGUAUUCCUUUCUGUAAAUAACUUGUAAGUUCGUUCGUUACCAUAUAAAUGUGUAAUCUUCAAUGUGUAAUGUUUCAGUUCAAAUCUUCGUCACGUCGAGACCAUUAAACAUUUGUUAUAAAAGUUAUCCAUGCCCGCUGCACGCCAGAAAAGAUCUAGCAAGGUAAAAGAAAAAAAAAUUAGUUUACGAACAAUAUAUUUCUUCUGAUGUAUACAAUGAUCUGCCAUCAGGCAACACCGCAUUCAGAUUGAUUCUAAAAAGGCUAACAACGUUAGUGCAAAAAAAACUUUAUUUGCACGUACGGUUUUCACUUUUAAGUCAACAUUUGCCGGCUGUUCAACAAUGCAGUCAAGUAGGCCUUGAAACUUGACUCAUUUAUGAUCGAUGUACAAAAUGCUAAAAGGCAGCUUAUUUUGAUAGUACAGGGAACAAACUAAUGCCCAAGUAUCCACCUACCCUUAAUAAUUUUCCUUAAUAUGGCGAUCCUGCCUCCAAGAGUUUGACGUUUGACAUCGAAACCGUGUUUUCGGAUACGUUUAAUUUCACAAGACUUAGGGUACUUAUCCCUGAUCCUGUGUCGCACUUGCAUGGCCAUUACCGAUAUCGUACUAGGAUUGAGGAAGCCGGUAUUAGAGGCCAGGAAACCGGUGUUGGUCGAGGCGGUUGCCGGGGUGUGAGUGGCCUUGAAUUGUUCAGGGUCAAGGCGACCGGUGGUCGCUGGCGGGACACGGUAGGCAGUGACGUAACUUAAGUUGCGUAGCGGCAGGGUACAACUUGAGUAGCGCAGUGGCGAGAUUUGUGAAGGCAUGAAGGUGCGAGCGCCUACAGAGAGUACAGAUUGUAGCACAGACAUUGUUCUUUGUUACAAUUAUUGUUAUUCCUGAAAAUGAAGAAAAAUAUUAGUUGGGAUUGGGUCAGCUUUAUUCUGGAAAAAUAAAUGUUGCUUGAGGCUUCAAUUGACUUGAUAGUAUACCAGUAUAAUUCGAUCAAUUACAUCUAAAUUCCGUCGGAGGUAGAAUCCGUUACGCCUUUAGCCAAAAUUCCCCAGAUACUUUUCCUGCAAAGUAGUUUCUUGCUGUGCAGCAAGUAAAAUAAAAAACUUUGGAUUUUUAUAGCAGAUACAAAGCUAAAAUUUCGCAUUUGGUUUUGGCAAAAUUUCAGUUAAAUGUGUGUCGCGAACAGAAGAUACGGUACCGUGGGUGAACGCCACUAGUUCCGUGAAAGUUAUAAAAAUAUUCCACGAGAACGUGCAUGUGACAUCCACCGCGAAGCAGCACGCAGGAUUUUGCACUCGAAAACUGGGUCACGAAGAGUAACACACAAGCAAAAAGUGCAUCGCUAUUAGGAUAAACUCCCACUAAUUUAUCUGAGUGUAAGCGUGAGUACUUCAGCGCGCCUGGGAAGGGCAUUAAUCUAAUGUACACAUCACAGUAGUAAAUAAAUGGGGUAGAAACUUCAGACUCGGGACAAUUUUUGUUGUAAUUUACACCCAUUAUUGAAUUAGACAUUAAAUUAUUGAUAAACAAUAACUACAUUUGAGACACAAAGGUGUCACUUCCGAAGAGGCGUCGCGCGCAUUUAAUUCAGUUGAAAAACAUAGAGGACUUUACACUCAGUUUUGAACUUCGCUUGAAAGGUAUGAAGAUAAAUACCACGAUAAGCUAUUAUAGUUAACAUUCAACCUUGUACACCAUAUCUUGCCUAAUAGUGUGAACCUUAUUGCCUAAUAAAUCUGAUAUUGCCAAAUAA